GUCAGACUUUCCGGCAUGGCGUAUUCGAUUUCGAUCGGGGAGUCACGAACACUUGAGUAAUGAGUUUUCGCCUCGGCGACAUUCGGAUUCGAUUUAUGUAUAAUUCGAUGAUAACAAAAUAAUCCAUCGGUUGGAUGAGUGUACAAUAUACACCUUCGGGAAUGAGAUAAGAUAACACGUAAAAUAAAUUUUUGUGAGCGAAUAUGACAGAAGUUCUGUGCCAGCAAAACAAUCUCGUGUCUUUAAGCUUACGUAAUAUUAUGUGUAAUCUUUUGAAUGCAUAAUUGUGUGUAGUUUUUUUUCUCAAUUUGUGUGUUUUUUUGUUUACGUGUAAUUUUAAAUAUUAAUAAUGCUCAAGAAAUCUGUCAUAAGUAGAACACCUGGAUUUCUAUCUCGUGUUUUCGUGGUGAACAGAAGACUAGGCGCACGUAGAACAUGCUUACUGGUGAUUUUUCUGAUUCUUUUAACAUUGCUGUGUACAGUUCUUUAUAAGUUUUUCACGAGAGACGUGGAGUUGGUAGGCUGGGAAAUGAACGUAAGCAGAAAUGUUACCAAUUACGUGUAUCCAAAUCGAGAUACAUCGUUUAGUCAUACCGAUCCAAAUAUCUGCUCUGAGAUGAAACCGCUCGUCGUGGUCGUUGUGUGUUCGGAUACUCGAAAUUCGAGAUUACGAAACGCUAUUAGAGAUACUUGGGCUAAAGAUGCUCGUGAGAAGUACAAUAUUUUGGUUUUGUUUCUGGUUGGAAUCAGUGGUAACGAAGAUGUCAAUAUGGCGACUCUGGUAGAAAGUUUGAAGUAUAAAGAUAUCAUAGCCGAAGAUGUGGCCGAAUCUUAUAACAAUUUAACCAUCAAAUCGAUAUUCAUGUUGAAAUGGAUUCAUAAAAAAUGCAUGCAAGCUCGUUUCGUGUUGAAAGUUGACGACGACGCUUUCAUAAACUUGGCUAAUUUAUACAAUUACACGUUACAAGUGGACGAUAAUAAAAUGCAGGAUUUUCUAGUCGGAUUUAUUCAAACUGAUCCUUCUCCUCAUAGAUUUCAUUUUUCUAAAUGGUAUAUUCCAAGAUACAUGUACCCAUUAGAUAAAUACCCAACUUAUGUGCAAGGAGUUGCCUACUUGAUGUCUUCGUAUGUAGCUGAAAAGAUCUACUUCGAAAGCUUGAGAAACGAUGUGAUCCAUUUAGAAGAUGUGUUCAUCACUGGCAUUUGUCCUGAAAAGCUUCACAUCACUGUUCGAGAUGAUCCUUUGUUUCACUUCUACUAUAAACCAGGAUCAGUAGCUUGUGAUUCCGAGCAGAGUCGGUUAAUUGCUGUUGGACAUUAUGUCGAUGUUUAUCACUCGGUCGUCCUACUCACAAUUCAACUCUAGUUUUCAUAGGUUCCUAUCGUAGGAAAAAGUAUACAAUCCUAUGUUAAUUCCCAUGAGGACAUUGAGUGACCCCGAGGCACGGGUUAAUCUUCACGGAUUUGGCUGAAAUUUAUUUUGUGAACUACCUACACCUAAAGGAAAAAAAUGAGCGGGUGAGACAGUGAAUAUUUCACAAAAAAAGUUUUGUUGUGUAAAUGUGGACAACCAGUAUACCAUAUGUAGGUACUGAGUAGCUAUAGGUACUUAUCUGCGGAAAGGCGAUGAUCACGAUUAGUUUUAGUUACCUUAUGAUUUUAAAUUUUCUUAUAAAGUAUUAUUUGUAAGUUUAGUUACCUUCAGAUACUUACGAGUAUAUGUUAUCCAACUGUAGCUCGAUCCUGGAACACUUUGUAUUCGAACAAAAUGUUUUGAAGCGCCGCAGUUAAUUCUCUUUCAUCAAGACGAAUUCAAUAUCCAACCUGAGCGCCGCUUUCGACAGUUUCGAUAACGGUUUCGAAGUAAUAUCCGGCUCGUUAGGAGGGUACAUACCAUAUUCUCUUGCUUGAUCAAUCUGAAUAGGACGAUUAGGUACCUAAAUUUCGCAAUCAAUAGACAGAUACAUAAUCACAUUUGAAGCCGACCGGGGUUUUUACAGGAUCGGCUUAUCAAAGAGGAUGUAGGCUGGCGCCUUUCAGGCGGUCUGUUAUCACUUCGUACGAGUGUAACUUUUAUUCCUGCGCUGACGUCUGCGUGUUGUAAUUUGUAAAUUUUACUCUCGUACGAAGUUAUAACUGACCUGUCUGCGGGGUCAGCUAUAUACCCUGCCUUGAGGAUUAAGUUCGGCCUAUCCCGCAGUGUUGGCACUUUGGUCGAAUGCCCGUGAAGUCAUGAAACAUGGAAUUGAGAUACUGUUCCGGAUCCGGAGAGUCCGGCCCGACAAACGGGUUCGAUUCGCUGGACUGUUGAGAGUGCGCGAAGAGCAGUGGUGUCGAUCUGGAUUUUUAUGCUUGUUAGAAUCUAGUUAUAAAGUUGUAAGGUCUUUCCGUCAUCGUAUUGGUACAGAGGAUAUUCAAAAAUUGAUCUACUAAAAAAUGAUUUGGUAUAGCAUCGAACUUUCUGGGAAUGUGUUUUAGUCAUCAUUGGUCGGAGGACCUACCCCCCACCCAUUUAUUUUUUACCUGUAUCAUGUUGUUGAUGUAUUAUUUCUGUUUGUGUAUUAUUAUUAUUUUUUUUUUUUUUGAAAAUUUGUAUCAUAUCGUGUGUUAUUAUCAUUAUUCGUGUAUUUUUGUAAUGACCAAUCAUGGUUUUUCACUGUCGAGCGGCCGGCAGUGUUUUUUAUUCCAGAUUGGUCAACGUGUUGUAGAAUUAAGUUUGUAUUGAUUUCUUUGCCGUUGAAAAAUUGAAACGAUUUUCGUGUUGU